AGGCGGGCCGGUCGCCCCGCUGCCCGCCGCUGAUUGGCUGGGCGGCGCCUUAAUCCCGCCCGCGCGAGGAGGGUUUGGUUGAGCAGCUGUUUGUGUGCUCGGCGCUGGGGGCCGCGACGGGGAGGCCGGAGCCGCCGCAGGACAGCUGAGCACAUCAGACGCCUCUGCUCUGUCCCGAGCCCCUGCCCCUGCCCGGGCUGGUCGGUGCCCUCACGGUUCUCUGGUUCGCGGGUGCCCGGUGCUAGCAGGACCCAGGCCAUGACCAGCAGAGGAGCCGCCAGGCCGAAUGGUCAGUCCCAAGCUAGUAAAAUCUGUCAGUUCAAGCUCGUGCUGCUGGGCGAGUCGGCGGUGGGGAAAUCCAGCCUGGUGCUGCGCUUCGUCAAGGGCCAGUUCCACGAGUACCAGGAGAGCACCAUCGGGGCGGCGUUUCUUACACAGUCUGUCUGCCUGGAUGACACAACAGUAAAGUUUGAAAUCUGGGAUACAGCUGGCCAGGAAAGAUAUCACAGUCUGGCCCCGAUGUAUUACCGGGGGGCACAAGCUGCCAUCGUGGUCUACGAUAUCACCAACCAGGAAACGUUUGCACGGGCGAAGACAUGGGUGAAAGAGCUGCAGAGACAAGCCAGCCCCAGCAUCGUGAUCGCCCUAGCGGGCAACAAGGCUGAUCUGGCCAGCAAACGUAUGGUGGAAUACGAAGAGGCACAGGCCUACGCAGAUGACAACAGCCUAUUGUUCAUGGAGACAUCGGCCAAGACGGCGAUGAACGUGAACGACCUCUUCUUGGCCAUCGCUAAGAAGCUGCCAAAGAGCGAGCCCCAGAGCACGAGCGGAGCGGCAGGGAGGAGCAGAGGCGUGGACCUUCACGAGCAAACCCAGCAGAACAAGAGCCAGUGCUGUAGCAACUAAAGGGUGGCGUUAGCCAGAUGCCAGCGUGAGAGGAAGAGCUAAGAUAUAACCUCCAUUCCCCCGUCCACCACACCUCACCUCCAUAACGGCACACUGAGAAACCCGUCUGAACCAAAACCCUCCCGAGAGCUCUGUCUAACUGCACUUUUUAAUGCUUCAAAACCACCACCAGACACCUGUUACCACCAUCCUGAUGACAGUGGAACUAGAUCAGCCGGGGACUUAACUUCCAAAAACAAACUCUUCUUCACUUUGUAUUAUAGGUGCAAAUAGCUACCUAAUUCUGAUUUCUCCCUCGACCUUUCUCCCUGUCCCACCUCCCUCUUUGCUUUGGUAAAUCUGUGUUCUCGGUCUUGUAACGUCUCUCCUUCUAUCCUCCCCUUAGAGCUGGGGCGGGGAGAGACGCGAGGAGGUGGCAACAUCAUCCUUAGAGGUUCACUUUAGGACGAACAAGUUGGAACCGGAGACUUCCAGAAAACCUGGGUUUUUUUCUGAGGGGGUCUUUCAUGGAUUUAUUUUUAAUUUUUUCUCCUGUUCCUUUUGUUUCGCUGUUCAGGGGGGAAAAGCUGCAGUGUCCUUAAUUUCUUCCUAGGUGGCCUUUUUUGCCGAAGGAUCGGAAGUGCCUGGGAACUUUUUACGGGGGGAGGGGGGAAGCGGGGAAGACUGCUGUAACCAGAAAGUCUGUCCCUGAGCACCGAUCGCUACGAAGCUAACGCAGGUAAUCGUCAGCACUGCUACGCCUUUGUGACUAGUCGUUGCGUGUUAUUGCUAUGAACACGACAUGAGCAACGUCCCUCCGGUGAUCCUGCUGCGGCCGUGCCCUGCCGGCCCCUCUGCCGUGCCACCCGCGGCCGACGGGCUCGCGAGUGGGGUGGCCGCCCCGGCGCUGCCGCCGUCUCGCUCGCGGUGACGACCCCCUUGGUCUCUUCUCUCGCUCUUUGGUUUGUCCCUUCCCUCCUCCAGACUAGCAGCAGCUGCAUGAACGGUCUCUGGUUUGCACUUUAGUCGUGGAAAUGUCCAGUUAAGAUGCACCUUGUUUUGUUUUUUCCUCUUGGUCCUGUUCAGUCCGAGCUCUCCGGGGGCUCGGGAGCAGCGGAGGGAGAAGGCGUCGUAGUGCUGGUUUUUCUGCUUUCCCCGAGGAGCUUUCUGGGCUGGAGAAGUGGUCGCGGCGCCUCCGUGCAGCGGGCUGGGCCCGGGAGAGCUGGAUGUUACCAGGUGGCAUCCGACGGUCCCGCGCGGAGUAGGGAAGGGUCGCGCCGGAGCGGGCUCCUCUCCCCGGGGAGAGGCCGGUCGCGGGGCAAAAGGCCUCCUGUUUUCCGGGCGCGCCGGCUCCGUGUGAGCCCGCUCCAGCAGCGCGCUCGGGGGCCGAGCCGGAACGGAGCGUCUCCGCGGGCUGGCGUCGUGCAGGCGCGCGUGUGUCGGAGCACGGUUGCUAAUUGCUAAUUACUAAUCGCGCCCAUAAGGCUAAUUGCACGUAAUUCUCCAGUCUAACAGGCGGCGCGGCGGGUCUGUAGAGGGCAGCACAGCCUGGCUCUUGGGUUCCUCCCCGGCACCCCGCGCUCGGGCCGCGUCCUGCCGCUCUCCCUGGUCCCGCUGGGCCCUGGGGUCGGGGUAGACCUGGCCCCUCCCAGCGGGGGGACCUGCCCGCAGGGCGGGAGCUGCCGGGCUCUGGGGUCCCCGGGGGCGGCGCAGACCCCCCGAGCAGGUCGCUGCACAAACGUCCGCCGCCCGCCCGGGCCCCUCGCGCAGUUUUGGGGAGCAGCGGGACCGGCCUGGCGUGAAGCUCCCCGGGGCGGGGAUGGAGCUCGUAGGCGCCCGCCCUGCCCCGGUGCAGAGGGUCGGUGGUGCCGAGCGGCUUCCCCGGCCGAGGAUCAGGCCCCCGCGGCAGGGGCAGCCCCCAAGGGACGGUCCCGCUUUGCCCCGGGUGGAGGAGCCGCCUCCGCGCUGCUCGCCCGAUGCCCGCGGGCUCGAGCCUCGGGGCGGCCCUGGCUUGCCGGGGCGCCGGUCGCUGGUGCCAACGGGGCCGAGCGGGGGGAGCGCGGCCGCUGCCUUACGGCGGCUCCGGCGGGAUCGUCCCCCGGGGCUGCGGUGCCCCAGCACCCGCCCGGGGCCCCGUCCCCGUCCCACCUCUUACGUGGAGCCUUCUGGCUAAAACCCUGGACCAAAUGGGGACACUGCAGCUUUUUAAAGUCGUCUUUCCUUUUUUUUUUUUUUUUUUUUUUUUUUUCCUCCUUCCGCUUAGUCUCUGAUCUUUUUUUUUUCUUUUCUUUGAGAAAGCUCCUACAUUGCAUUUAAAUAACAAUCAUGGUAACAGAAUUCAACUGCUGAUUUACCAAUGUAUUUAAUGUAAGUAUAUAUUAAAAAAAAAAAAAAAAAAGGGAAGAAAAAUCAGUGUA